ACAUUAAAGUAAAUAAAUUGGUGAUCUAUUCGAAUACUUAUACGCUUACACAUGAAUACAUGUACAUUUAAAAAAUGCAAUCCAAUUGCUUAGACCCAACUCAGCGAGGUGGCAGCGCCACAGACACAGCUGUUUUUUGUUUUGCAACAACCAAAUCCAACAAUGGAAAGAAUGCUGAAAAGAUCCCGAGGAAAAAACUUCUUGGAGGCAGAGAAAGCCUCAAUCCUUCACCUGACGAUGAUUCUGAUGGAAGCAACAAUCAGGCGCCGAGCGAACACCAAUAUAAAGCAAACUAUUCCGAAAGUACUCAGGAAGAAAGAAAUAACCUGUGGAAGGAAAAGUUGUCCCUGAUAAAGCUGCAAAAGGACUACUUUCGAGAUGAGAACACUAGAAUUGCAGAACGCAAAAUUGAGAUGGAGAAGCAGCAGUUGGAGCUGCAGCAUCUGCACUUGAAGAACCAACUGCUCGAACUGGAGAUUGAGGAAUUAAAGAAACGGGGGUGAUAAUUUGUAUGUUUCAUCCGGUUGAGUAUUAUUAGGAUUAGUCAUUAAAGGAUUAUACAGCCUCUAGUCUGGGAUUCCCAUGAGCUUCCUUCCAUCAUCAUUGUUGAUUGUUCUCACUUGCCACACUUUUCACUUGAUCGCGAUUCGGAUUCCAAUGCAAUUCGAAUAAAUGUUCGUUUGUGCUCAGAA